UUUGAUCACACCGUCCACUAUGCGGUCGACACACCAACCGGCGUCGCCGAAUGGAACAGUACACUGCCACCUGGGAAAGGAUUGCUGUACCUAGGCGAGAACUCCAAAACAUUCAGCAUUUCCAUGUUUCACCAGCUUCGAUGCCUCGAUUUUCUGAGGCGUGCGGUCAUGCCGCAUCAAGAAGCGGAAACUCCUCAAGAUCGUCUUCUUGUCAAGCACUGCGUGAACUAUCUUCGCCAGAUGGUCCUGUGCAGAUCCAGCACUCACUUAGAGUCCGUCAGAGCGAUCGAUGGAAUUGGUGUCACUGUAAACGAGGUCACCCAUACAUGCAAAGAUUGGACCGUGUUGUACACGGCAGCCAGAGAGAACCAGGACAAGUACAACGGACGGAAAGGUGGGUAA